CGGGAGCGGGGCCCGGUCGCGCCCCGGGGAGCGCUGCGGAGCCGGGGCCGGCGUGCGGAGGCGGCGGGUCGCGGGGCUGCCCGCCCCGGCGGGCGAGGAGCGGGGGCGGACGGACAGCCCUUCCCGCCGCGCGGCCGGGGCGGGGCUCGAGGCGGGCUACCUGCGGCGGGCCCCGCUGGCCCGGCCCGGCCCGGCCCGGCGAGGCGCGGCCGCUGUGUGGAGGCGGCGCGGGCGCGACGGCGGGUCCCGCUGAGGCAGGGCGGCGGCGGGCGGCAGCAGCAGCAUGAAGGUUAACCUGGGCGUCCUCUCCCUCCUCGUGGCCCUGGUAGGAGUUUCAAGCUUCGUCGCCCUCGUGGUGGCCAUCGCGACGGACUUCUGGUACAUCAUCGAUGCCUCCAAGCUGGAGGCGUCCCGUAACGGCACGGACGCCCUCAGCUCCCACUCGGGUCUGUGGCGGACCUGCGGCGUGAGAAGCAAAUGUUACCCCUUGAUAAACCCCUUCUGGCACGAGAACACAAACGUCACUGGUUCACACAGACAGCUUUUGUACAUGCACGGAACAUUUGUCAUCCUGAUGCCCCUCAGCCUGAUAUUGAUGAUUUUUGGAGGAAUGGCUGGAUUCAUCAGUAUUCUUGCCAGGGCCUACCUACUGCUUCUAAUGACAGGACUGCUUUUUCUUUUUGGAGCUCUUGUUACACUUACUGGGAUCAGUGUCUAUAUUGCAUAUUCAGCUGCUGCCUUCAAAGAAGCUGUCUGCCUCCUGAGGAGUAAGGAUCUCCUGGUAGAAAUAGACAUCAGGUUUGGCUGGUCACUGGCACUAGUCUGGAUCUCCUUUGUCACAGAAGUGCUCACUGGAGCUGUGUUUCUCCUGGCAGCAAGAGUUGUGGGUCUGAAACAGCGACAUGAACAGGCAUUAUGAACAACAGAUCUAUUCUACAAUUUAUAUGAUGCUUUUGAAGUGCCCGUGUCACAUGUGGUAGGUAUUUAUAAGAUACUUAUGCAGCUACGAUAGAAAAUACUCAAGUGAUCAAAUCUAAUAUGGAAAGCCAAUGAAUCAGUUAUUGAAUUAGAGGAAUUCUUAUUUCCAUGGCUUUCCCAAAUUUCUUAUUCUGGCUUCCUGCAAUAUCUGACACAAUGACAAUAAAGAGUAUCUCCUGCUUCUGAGUAUUUGUAUAACCCCUGAAUUUCUUUGAAA